AAACGGCUGAAAUCAAAUCAGUGUUGAGUUUCCUGUUACUUCUAGCGUGAUGGGAGGGGCGUAAUGUGGCCAAGGGGUUAAUAUUAAUGGCACGGUUGCUGUGAAAUACUGGUAAUUUCGGCCAGAUUGACUGAUCUCUGUAGUACCUACACGGACCGACAAUGCGUCAGGACGUGACUUCUUUAUACAAUAUUCACUGAACUUCUACUUUGCUGAAAAAUAAAACCCCUGGAACAGACAAUUUGUAAAUUAGCUGAAAGAGGGUGACCCUAACCCGCAUCUUUUGAAAAUGGCCAGCCCGGCAUAUGACAUUUCAGCCUGCCAUCCCAAACUUCACAGACAUGGGUCCAUCUAUGAGCCGCUCAAGCUCUCUGUCCUUCACCAUGAGGACGAGCCCUUGUGGGAUAAACUGGACCGAUACUACAGCUCGGUCAAGUCCACCAUCCUGAACUUCCAGAGCCCCACCACCGGGCUGUUUCCUGUGAAGACCUCUUCUGACUGCAAUGAGGCCAAAGUGAGGGACUCUCUGUACUGUGCAGCCAGUGCGUGGGCCCUGGCCUUGGCUUACAGACGCAUCGACGAUGACAUGGGCCGCACGCACGAGCUGGAGCACUCGGCCAUCAAGUGCAUGCGCGGCGUCCUGUACUGCUACAUGCGCCAGUCGGACAAGGUGGAGCUGUUCAAGCAGGACCCCAGCCCGUACAAAUGCCUCCAUUCCGUAUUCAACGUGCACACGGGGGACGAGGUGAUGUCCUACGAUGACUACUGUCACCUGCAGAUCGAUGCCGUCUCCCUCUUCCUGCUCUACCUGGUGGAGAUGAUCUGCUCGGGCCUCCAGAUCAUUUACAACACUGACGAGGUGUCUUUCAUCCAGAACCUGGUCUUCUGUGUGGAGCGGGCGUACAGGGUGCCUGACUUUGGGAUGUGGGAGAGGGGGAGCAAGUACAACAACGGCAGCACCGAGCUGCACUCCAGCUCUGUUGGCCUCGCCAAGGCUGCACUCGAAGCCAUUAAUGGAUUCAACCUGUUCGGAAAUCAGGGUUGUUCUUGGUCUGUCAUUUUUGUGGACCUGGACGCACACAACAGAAACAGACAGACGCUGUCUUCCCUGCUCCCCAGAGAAUCACGAUCACAUAACACGGACGCCGCCCUCCUGCCCUGCAUUAGCUACCCGGCGUUCGCCGUGGACGACGACGCCCUCUACAGCCAGACCCUGGACAAGAUCGUGCGCAAGCUGCGGGGGCGGCACGGCUUCAAGCGCUUCCUGCGCGACGGCUACCGCACCGCCAACGAGGACAAGGACCGCCGCUACUACAAGCCCGCCGAAAUGAAGCUCUUCGACGGAAUUGAAUGCGAGUUUCCUAUUUUUUUCAUCUACAUGAUGAUUGAUGGUGUCUUCCGUGGAAAUUCUGCUCAAGUCAAGGAAUAUCAGGAACUGCUGGAGUCAGUCAUCUUCCAGUCGUUGGAUGGCCACGCCGUCAUCCCCAAGUACUACCACGUGCCGGCCGACUUCGUGGAGGCCGAGCAGAAGCAGCACGGCAGCCAGAAGCGUUUCCCCAGCAACUCGGGCCGAGACGGACGGCUCUUCCUCUGGGGCCAGGCCAUGUACAACAUCGCUAAACUGCUGGUCGACGGCCUGAUCAGCCCCAAGGACCUUGACCCCAUUCGCCGAUACGUGCCCCCCGAAGAGCAGAGGAACGUCAGCAUGAGAUACUCCAAUCAGGGCCCGAUCGAGAACGACGUGGUGGUCCACGUGGCCCUGAUCGCCGAGAGCCAGAGACUGCAGGUCUUCCUCAGCACCUAUGGCAUCCAGACCCAGACCCCUCUGCAGGUGGAGCCCAUCCAGAUAUGGCCCCAGCAGGAGCUGGUGAAGGCGUACCGCUUCCUGGCAGUGAACGGGAAGCUGGGCCUCAGUGGACGGCCGGAGAGACCAGUGGGCUGCAUCGGGACCUGCAAGAUUUACCGGAUCCUGGGGAAGACGGUGGUUUGCUACCCCAUCGUCUUCGACUUGAGCGACUUCUACUUGUCCCAGGACGUGAUGCUGCUGAUCGACGACAUCAAGAAUGCCUUGCAGUUUGUGAAGCAGUGCUGGAAGAUGCCCGGACGGCCGCUGUUCCUGGUCCUCAUUAGAGAAGACAACAUAAAGGGGAGUCGUUUCAACCCAGUCCUGGACAUGCUGGCGUCCUUCAAGAAGGGGAACGUGGGCGGAGUUAAAGUUCACGUGGACAGACUGCAGACGCUGAUAUCCGGAGCUGUGGUGGAGCAGUUGGACUUCCUUCGCAUUAACGAAGGGGAAGAAAUUCCAGAGUUCAGGAGCUUCGAGGAGCUGGAGCUCCCGAAACACUCCAAGGUGAAGCGACAGACGAGCACGCCCAACGCCUCGGACCUGGAGCAGCAGCCCGAGAUCGACGUGGACGAGUGGACGAGAAAGUCCACCCAGGAGAUCAUGCAGAAGUUCAAUGACUGUCAGUGUCUGGCCAGCCAGGCCCAGCUCGUCAGGAUCCUUCUGAAGAAAGAGGGCCCUGAUUUCCUCUCCAGAGACGCAAGCCUCAUGGCGGAACUGGAGAGGAUCUACAGACAGGCGGGAAGCCGCAAGCUCUGGUCCGUGGUCCGCCUGGCAGCCAGCCUGUUAACCAAGGUGGUGGACAGCCUGGCCCCCUCAAUCACCAGCGUUCUGGUGCAUGGCAAGCAGGUGACGCUGGGCAUUUUCGGGCAGGAGGAGGAGGUGAUCUCCAACCCGCUGUCGCCCGGGGUGAUCAAGGGCAUCAUCUACAGCAAGUGCAGCCCCCACGGGGAGAGAGAGGCCGUCCUGCAGCAGGAGCUGGUCAUCCACAUCGGCUGGAUCAUCUCCAACAGUCCCCAGCUCUUCAGCGGCAUGCUCAAAAUCAGGAUUGGGUGGAUCGUCCAGGCCAUGAAGCACGAGCUGGAGAUUCGGGCGGGGGACCUGCCGCCUCAGGACCUGUACCAGCUGUCCCCCAGUGACGUCAAGCAGCUGCUGCUGGACGUGCUGCAGCCGCAGCAGACGGGCAGGUCCUGGCUGAACAGACGGCAAAUUGACGGCUCUCUGAACCGUACCCCCCUGGGUUUCUACGACCGCGUCUGGCAGAUUUUGGAGAGGACACGCAAUGGCAUCAAGGUGGCUGGCGUCCACCUCCCUCAGCAGCCCACACUGUCGGACAUGACCAUGUACGAGAUGAACUUCUCGCUGCUGGUGGAGGACAUGCUGAAGAACAUCGUUCUGCCCGAGUACAGGCAGAUUAUUGUGGAGCUGCUGAUGGUGGUGUCCAUCGUCCUGGAGAGGAACCCGGAGCUGGAGUUCCAGGAGACAGUGGACUUGGACCGGCUGGUGAAGGACGCCUUCAACGACUUCCAGAGCGACAGGAGCAGGCUGGAGGGGGUGGAGAAGCAGGACGAGAUGGAGGCUUUCUACGACACCCCUCCCCUGGGACAGCGAGGGACUUCCAGUUACCUGACCAAGGCCGUGAUGAUUGUGCUGCUGCAAGGAGAUGUGAAGCCAUGCAAGGAUGACCCCUGCUCUGUCAGCUAGACCCCCUCUCCCUGUGACCUCCACCGCCCACAGGAAGGGCCUAUCCCUGCUCCAUCAGCUAAACCACACUAACCUUCACCCCCCUCCAACCGCACACACACAGGACAGGAUGGCCCCUGCAUAAUCAGCUACACCCCACUGUGACCCUCACCCCCCCACAGGAUGGGAUGACCCCUGCUCCAUUAGCUAGACCCCCC